GCAAUGAGACGUGGCACGUUGACGUACAAAUGACGAGCCCUCCUCCACUUUGCUGUGCUGUUAGCUUCCUUCAUUCAGGAGGGUGCAAAGAGGACUGCCAACUUAGCGACUUCAUUUUUGACAGGAGACAUGGCGUCGAGUAAUGGUGCUGUUGGCAAAUGGGAGGUGGUGAAGAAGGGCAAGAAAAGCAGCAGCUCGGUUGCUGCUAAAACCACAACCGACAAGAAAAGCAACUCGGCGAACAGGAAAGCUCUCGGGGAGUCAAACCAGCCAUCCAGACUGCCCAUUAGGAUGUCGGCGACUUUGUUUGAAUCCUUUGAAAAGAUCGGAAAGAAGCAGAACAAAGAACAGGUUCCACCACCCGGUGAGCCUCCCAACAAGAAGUCCUCUUCGUCAAGUAAACCAGCCAAGAAGUCGCCCACCAGCAGUCCACCUGCCCACCCUACCCACAAAACUCUAGAGGAGGCCUUUAAAGCUUUGGACAUCAGCGACCUGAAGCAUCAGUUGGCUAACAGUCAGACGCUGUUCCCCAAAAAUCCAUCGGUGUGGGUGAAAGACCUGGCCGGGUACCUCAAUCUGAAGUUGACGGCGCCCGAGACUGAGCCUACCCUCAGCAGCUAUGCUCACGACUACCCCUACUGCCUUACUGGCAAGGAGCUGAAGACUGUGAUCAAAGGUCUCUUUGGGCGUUGCAGCGACGUCCUGCCCGAUUUUUUUGACCACUGUGUUUACACCAUGCUCAGAGAGCUGGACAGGCAGUCAGGGGAGCCGCUACACGGAUACAGAGUCUGCAUCCAAGCAGUCCUGCAAGACAAACCCAAAUUGGCAACUCAGAACUUGCCUGAGUAUUUGGAGUUGCUGCGGUCUGUUCAGAACCAUCCUGUCAAGUGUUUGACCAUCAUGUGGGCUCUGGGCCAAGCUGGAUUUUAUGACUUAAGUCAGGGACUAAGAGUGUGGCUUGGUAUCAUGCUUCCUGUACUGGGAGUGAAGUCGCUGUCUUCAUACGCCAUUGCCUACCUGGAGAGGCUGCUGCUCCUACAUGCUAAUUUGACAAAGGGAUUUGGCAUUAUGGGUCCUAAAGAGUUCUUUCCCCUACUUGAUUUUGCUUACAUGCCCAAGAAUGCCCUGUCAUCAAGUCUACAGGAGCAGCUGAGGCGCCUGUACCCUCGACUGAAAGCCUUAGCGUUUGGCGCCAAACCUGAGAGCACCUUGCACACGUACCUGCCAUCGUUCCUGUCCAGAGCCACACCACACUGUCCAGAAGACAUGAAGAAAGAGCUGCUCAAUAGUAUGACAGAGUGUCUGUGUGUAGAUGUGCAGAGUUUGGGAGUAUGGAGGCAGCUUUAUACGAAACACUUAGCCCAGUCCAGUCUGCUGCUGAACCAUUUAUUGAGCUGCUGGAAGACCUUGCCACCAAAGCUGAGGAAGAACCUUGAAGAAACAAUUCAGUCUUUUAAAGUGACCAACGACGAGAUGAGAGAAACCAACCAAUCUCAGGACCUUCACGAAUGCAAUAACCUGUGUCAGAGUAUCCAAGUAAAGAUGCGUGGACGUGGGUUCCCUUGGUCGAAGCUGCUCAUGGUCCUGUUGGUGUUUGUCACCGGUUUCAUCGCUCAUGACAUUCGAUCUCACGGCUCCUUCAGCGAUUCAGUCACUGCCAAACAUCUCCACAGCUCAGGUGUGACCUCCGUGUGUAAGCAGGCUUGGAGAAAAGUCACGGUCUACUCAAAGCAGGGCAUCAGCUGGUUGGAGACGAACACGCCUUUUUAUUACUCUGAGGGUGUGCGAGUCUUGGGACCAAUAUUGGAACAAGGUCUGGAGAAGACCAAAGCUGCAGCUGUCAUCAUCUCUGAGAGAACUACUCAGGUCAUCCUGUGCGGCAAAGAAAACAUCCCAUUGUUCAUAGAAUGGGUGAGGACACACACUCCUGACGGUGUAUUCCAGGUGUUGGCUUAUCUGAAGGAGCUGAUCCUCUUGAUCCACCAACGCUACAUCUUGCCAGCAUUGGCGUUUAUGUUUGAGCUGCUACAACUUGCGUGGACCAGCCUUCAGGACUCCUGCAACGGCGAAGUAUCUGUAUCAUGUCUGCAAGGGCACGCUUUAUCCUUCACCAACUCUACGUGGCAACUGCUCCAACAUACCACCUCUGCCAUCAAGACGUGGGCUCAGGAGCUGUUGACACGAGCGUAACACACAACAGUCACAUUUAAUACACACACACACCAACACAGUCUGAGAUUGCUUUUCACUACAGCUGCGCCCCUCUUCAUUAAACUGUGAUUGGACUCUUUAGGGUCAAACACUGACCACAAGAGGACCCUUCUGUAUUAUACGUUGGCUACAUUUUUGUCAAUGAGCUCACAUUGUUGUGUAUAAAUGUGUUUUUUUUUUUUUUUUUCUACCAAUCAUUUGUUUCCACCACACAGCUUUUUUUCCUCCUUUCCUUGAGUUUUCUACUGUGAAGGUCCAUUUGGGGGUUAAAAAGUAUUAUGUUGGGUUGAAGAGAAUUAAUAAUUUUUUUUAUUGAAAUAUAUGGGGAAAGUGUUGUAUGAAAACUGUUAAAGGGGCAGAGAAAUGAUUAACAGUAAGUUGUAUAGUCUUCUCACUUGGCCAUGCUUACUAGAAUCACAUUCUAUGUUGUUGUGUGCGUUUUACAUUUUUGGCUAUGUAAAGCCAUCGUUGAUUUUGGUGAAAGUCAACUAUGUAGCUCAACAGUCCAAAAGACCCCCUCUCAAGAUAACACACUUUAAUCCAGGAGGUCCUGGAGGAGACUCAGCCUCCUGCUGACUUUCCUGAUUACAGUCUGCUUUUUUAUUUUUCACUGUCGUCAGGUUUUGAAGGCAGCACUACAAUCAUGAACUCGUAAUUGAUGCAGAUUUAUUAUUGUAUGUGCCCGUAUGGACACAUGACCUGGAAGGUAUAAACACCCAGACCUUGUUCAGACACUUCACACCAGCUGAUUCCUCCCUGUGAACCAGAUGUUUGGACAAUAUGGAUGGUGUAUGUCUUAUCUAAAUAAAUGAUUUA